AUGUCUAGCAUCAUCAAAUCUGUCAAGUCGAUCCUCCCAACUCUGGAUAGGGUCUUGGUUCAAAGAAUCAAAGUUUCCCAGAAGACCACUUCAGGUAUUUACAUUCCAGAAAAGAACCUUUCCAAGCCAAAUGUUGCCAAUGUGAUCGCUGUUGGUCCUGGUUACACUGCCCAAGGAGGUGUUGAAGUUAAGCCAAAGGUUGCACCAGGUGAUAAGGUGCUUAUUCCUUCUCAUGGAGGAAGUCCAAUCAACGUCGAGAAGAAGGAAUACUUGCUUUUCAGGGAUUCUGACAUUUUGGCCAAGAUCCAGGAGUAG